AUGAGCUCAUCACCGGCAAUAUGCGCCUCCCCAAAUUUUACGUUCCCGCCAACAAAGACACCAAGUAAAAGUUCCCCUACCAAGGACGAUACCUUCGACUAUUUCAGUAUAACGAGGAAUACGAUACAUAGGCCGACGCACUCCGCGAACUACUCGGCAAAGCAACAGCAACAGCAGCAGCAUAGCCAUCAUCAUCCACACCAACACCACCAACAACAACCUAACCACAAUGGUAAACACCCAAAGAUGAAUGAUUCCAUGUCUUCCAUAAAUUCAGACCAGACAUUUGUAAGCAACAGUAGCAUUAGUAGCAACCAUGGCGGAGCUAAAUAUUCUCGAAGAACAGACUCAUCGGUAUCUACUGACACAUUAAUCGAUGAGGUGCUCCCCUCUAAGAACUCAAAGAACCAUUUGAACCUCUCGUUGACUAUGAACAAGGACAGCAAGGUGCACCAGGGCUCACUCAGCGCUGACCCUGCUUCAACAAAUAUACCCACAUCUGUAGAUACUCCUGAGAGGCGAACAAGCUCAGCUGGGGAGGGCAACUUUUUCAACAGAAGACCACAGCCAAUGCCCCUCCAUCAAGAAGAACUAGAACUGCUUAGUGACUUUACCUCCGUCGAUUCACCGCAACCCUCCUUAACCAUGGAUUCCAUCAAGCCACUCAAGUCUGCCAGUGCAGAGAAAUUGGAGCCGCCUGUGCUCCGUAAACAAGUAACGUUGCCUACCUUGAAGAUCUCCCAUGAAUUAUCGUUCAACAACAUUCAGAAGACCCAGCUCAACGCUUUGAACAAGCUCAACCUGGGAUCAACUCACUCCGUGAUAAAGAAGGAUUUGAACUCGAGUUUGCCCUUUGAUGUACAUGUGAUAAACUCGUUGGAUUUGUCUAAUAUUUUAAACUCAGAACAAUCCAAGAGUAAACUAUUGAUGAUAGACAUUCGUCCAUUCAACGACUACGUUAAAUCUCAUAUCAAAAAUUCCAUAAAUGUUUGCCUUCCUUCUACCUUAUUGAAAAGACAGAACUUCAGCUUGACUAAGUGCAUCAAUAGUUUGAGUGACUAUGAGAGAACUUCUUUGACUUCUUUUUACAUGACCCAUAAUGACAGUAAUGAAUCGACCUUGGACUCGGAUCCACCAAUCAUAUUACUCUACGAUAACUUUUCAUCUGGAUUCCAAACAAACAAUACUCAAAGCUUGUCCAACAUGUGUCAAAAGUUUUUAAAAGAUUGGAAGAAAUUUAAAGUUUAUGUGUUAAAAGAUGGAUUUCAAGAGUUUAGGAAGAACUUCGACAGUUUCAAUGAAUCUGGCGCUAGGGCGAUCAAUGAAGAGAAUGUGGACGGGAUUAACGCUGGCGUUGACCUCCUUCCACCUACUCCGAUUUCAACAAAGGGAGGUGGCUUGAAGGGUGGAUCACCGAAAUUCAACUCACCUGGUUCCGUUUCCUCCAGGUCAUUUGUUCAAGAGAACACUCCAGUUUUAUCAAGAUUUGUUCUUCCUGAGUCGAAAACUGUCUUUAAAAUCAGACACAAUGAAGAACAGUUCCAGAAGAACGAAAUAAAUCCAGCAGAUUUCAAACUAUUAACAGAAUAUGAAAAGUUGUCCAAAUAUGAGAGUGACCAAUUACCGAACUGGAUAAAAAAAUCAAAUGUAGAGAUUUGCAAUGAGUUUAAUAAGUUGGAGUUACUUGAGCAAGAAAGAUUGACCAAUGCGCUAAGCCUUGGAAAUAAUCCUAUCACUAGUAGUGUCCAUGGUGAUUUUCUCGAGUCUAUUAGGUCACCACCACCAACAAUUUCGUCAGGUUUUGAGUUUGGUUAUAAAAACAGAUACAAGGAUAUCUUUUUGUAUGAACACAGUAGAGUUAAGCUUCGUGAUUUCGAAACCAAGCAAGAAUGCGAUUACAUCAACGCAUCUUACUUAACUUCAAUUGGAAAGGACUCCAAGACCACAAAGUACAUUGCUACUCAAGGUCCCCUUAACGAGACUGUGGGAGAUUUCUGGAAAUGUGUAGUCAAUGAAAAGGUUCCAUUAAUUAUAUCUUUAACCAAGGAAACUGAAAAUGGGGUAAUGAAGUGUUCCCCAUUCUGGAAAUCUGGAUUUUACAAAUCUAACGGAAACCAAAUUAAAGUCGAAGAAAUCGAAUCUGAAGUUGUUUCGAUUAAUAACAACGAAUUUAACAAGAAUUCGACGACUAAAUCCAUCAUCUUACGUAACUUUGAGGUUCAAAUUGAUCAUAAGGUAAGGCAUAAGGUCAUUCAAAUACAUGUCUUAUCUUGGCCAGAUAUGGAAUUGAUUAUGAAUCCAAAGGAUUUACUUUCAAUUAUUUAUCUUAAAAAGUAUGUGAUGAAUAAAAUCUCAUCAACGGCUCCAAUUUUAGUUCAUUGUUCAGCCGGAUGUGGUAGAACUGGUUCAUUGUGUGCAAUAGAUACAGUUAUUGAUUUAGUCGAAUCCUCCGCUGCUGAUGAAAAUUUAAUCUUCAACAGCGUCAACAAAUUUAGAAAGCAAAGGGUAUCCAUGGUGCAGACAUUGAGACAGUACAUAUUAAUUUACGAUCUUGUGUUGAUAUAUUUACGUCAUAACAUCUACAGGAGGGCCGGUAGCAUUCCGGAAGAUUGUUUAUGGUCAAGCUUUAAUGACUUGAAGAUCAUUGAUAAUUUCAUCAAGAAUUACUAA